CGGCCUAUUCGCCCAUUCACCCAAGUUAGCGAUAGGGGCCUGUGGAAGCAUGAAGAGGAUAAACAGCUGUGUGAAGAGUGAUGAGCGUGUCCUGGAGGAGCUGGAAACAGAAGGGGAGAGACAGCUGAAAAGCCUCCUUCAGCAUCAACUUGAUACCUCUGUCUCCAUUGAGGAAUGUGUCUCUAAGAAAGAGAGUUUUGCUCCUGGUACUAUGUACAGGCCCUUUGGGAAGGAAGCAGCUGGGACUAUGACUUUGUCCCAGUUCCAGACACUGCAUGAGAAGGACCAGGAAACUGCUUCUCUCAGGGAAUUAGGGCUCAAUGAAACAGAAAUCUUGAUCUGGAAGAGCCAUGUGUCAGGUGAAAAGAGGACAAGACUGAGGGCAACUCCUGAAGCAAUACAGAAACGUCUCCAAGAUAUUGAAGAAAGGAUCUCAGAGCGUCAGCGCAUCCUUUGCCUGCCACAGAGAUUUGCAAAGAGCAAACAGUUGACCCGACGGGAAAUGGAAAUAGAAAAGUCUUUAUUUCAGGGAGCUGAUCGUCACUCCUUCCUUAAGGCUCUUUAUUACCAAGCAUACCACAAAAAGACAAGUGCAGACAAGUACAUGACCUCAAUGAAGAGGAAGAUAAAAUUAGGCACAAAAGAUGAACCCCAUAAGAAGAACAAAGGUGAUCCCAUGAACAACCUGGAAAAUUUUUACCAAGAGAUGAUAAUGAAAAAACGUCUUGAAGAGUUCCAACUUAUGAGAGGUGAACCCUUUGCUUCCCACUCACUGAUCUCAGCUUCAUCAGUGGGAGAUAGUGGCACAGCUGAGAACCCAUCAUUACUCGAGGACGAGGGAAAACAGGCAGCACAGGGUAAAGGUCCAGGUCUCCAUGUGGCAAAAGUUAUUGAUUUUUCGCCUAAGAAGCUGACGCAGCCAAUAGAAUUUGUCCCAGAAGAUGAGAUCCAGAGAAAUCGUUUGUCAGAGGAAGAAAUCCGAAAAAUUCCUAUGUUUUCUUCAUAUAAUCCAGGGGAGCCAAACAAGGUGUUAUACCUGAAGAACCUUAGCCCUCGGGUGACUGAAAGAGAUCUUAUCUCGCUGUUCGCUCGGUUCCAGGAGAGAAAAGGACCUCCAAUUCAAUUCCGAAUGAUGACUGGGCGAAUGAGGGGGCAGGCUUUUAUCACCUUUCCCAGUUUUCUUCAUAGAGAAAUAUGCACUAUAUUAACAUUAUCUGUGGUCGCCCUACUGUGCAAGAAAAUCUUGGAACUUCUUAAACUUAUCUAGCUAUACCCUAGUACCCAUCAAGCUAAAUAGUGACAUUUUGUCUUGAUAAAAUGACCAAUUCAUGAGGAAGAUGUAACAAUUAUAAACAUGUAUGCAUACAGCAAAGCCCUGAAAUAUAUAAAGAAAAAAACUGAAAUAAACGAAAGGAGAAAUAGACACAUCUACAAAAAGUUGGAAUAUUCAGUACCCAUUUUCGAUAACAACUAUACAGAAGACGAGAAAAUAGAGUACAUGAAGAACACUAUAAGCGAAAUCUAAAGACAUCUAUAGAACAUUCCACCCAAUAGCACUUGAAUACAUGUUAUCAAGUGCAUAUGAAGCAUCUCUAGGACAGACCAUAUAGGCUAAACCAUAAACUAGUUUAAUAAAACUGAGUGAACUGAAGUCAUAUAAAGUAUGUUCUGUGACCACAUGGAUUGAAGUAAGAAAUCAUUAGAUAGUACAAAAUUGGAAAACACAAAUAUAUGAUCAGAGAUUCAAAAAUGAUAUCACAAAGGAAUUUAGAAAAUCCUUUGAAAUGAAUGAAAAUGAAGAUAGAAUAUACCAAAGCUUACAGGUUGCAGUUAAACGAUUGUUUAGAGGGAAGUUAUAAAUGCCUACUUAAGAAGAAGAAAAAUGAUAUAACAACCACCUCAUACUACACCUUAAGGCCUUGGAAAAAGAAGAUCUAAUUAAAUCUAGAACAAGCAGAAGCAAGGAAAUAGAAAAGAUUAGAUGGGAAAUAAACAGAGAACAGAAAAACAGUGGAGAAAAAGCAAUGAAAAAUUGAUUCUAUAAAAAGAUCAACAAGACUGGCAAACCUAUUGCUAUUCUGACCAAGUCAAAAAGACACUCGAAUUACUAGAAUCAGAAAUGAAAGAGGGAACAUUACUGUCAACCUUGUAGAAAUAAAAAGGAUUAUGAAGGAACAUUGUGAACAAUUGUCUGUCAAUAAAUUAAAUAAUCCAGAUGAAAUGGACAAAUCCCAAGAAAGACAAACUACUAAAAACAACUGAAAAAGAAAUAGAAAAUCUGAAUAGACCUAUAGUGAUUACAUGGGGUAAAUGAGUAAUUUUUAGAAUACUCACAAAAGAGGCAGGCAUUUAGUAGCAUUAGACAAAACUUGAAAUGCUCGCAUCCCACAUCAGAGUGCCUGGGUUUGGGUCCCACCUCUGCUUCUGAUUCCAGCUUCCUGCUAACAAGCACUCUGGGAGGCAGCAGAUGAUAGCUCUAGUAUUUGGAUUCCUGCCACACAAAUUGGGGACCCAGAUUGACUUCCAGGCUCCUGGUUUCAGCCUGGCCGAGCCUUGGCUAUGGCAGGGUUUUGGGGAGUGAGUCAGGAGAUGGACGGUCUCUCCCUUGUCUGUCUGUCUUUUAGAUAAAUAAAACUAAAUUUUAAAAAUAAUAUCCACAAAGAAAAGCCGUGGUUCCAGUGGCUUCUUAGAUGAAUUCUACCAAAUAGAAAAUACAAAUUCUUAACAAAUUGUUGCAAAAUGAGGAGAGCAGGGAACACUUGUGACACAUGUUACAACAUGAAAUAUGCUAAAGACUAUGCACAAUGAAGGAAGCCAGUCAGAAAGGACGAUAUUCUUCCCCCUUGUGUGAAGUGUCUGGAAUUGGCAUAUAUAGACAAACAGAAAACAGAUCAGUGGGUGCUUAGGACUGGGCAGAAUAGGGGGAAUGGGAAGGGAUAGGGGUAAUAGCUGAAGUGUAUGAGGUUUCUGUAGAAGUUGAAGAAAAUGUUCUGAAAUUUAAUAUGAUUACACAACUAUUUGAAUAUACUAAAAACCAUGAAUUGUACAUUUUAUUUUGGCUUUUUUAAAUAUUUAUUUUUUGUUUAUUUGAAAGGCAUAGCAAGAGAGAGGUAGAGACAGAAAGAUCUUCCAUCUGCUGGUUCACUCCCCAAAUGGCUACAAUAGCUAGGGGAUGGAUCAGUUCACUCCCCAAAUGGCUACAAUGGCUAGGGGAUGGACCAGGCCAAAGCCAAACACCUGGAACUCCAUAUGAGUCUCUCACAUGGGUGGCAGGGGCCUAAGCAGUUGGACAAACCUUCCACCACUUUCUGAAUCACAUUAUCAGGGAGCUGGAAUGGAAGCAAAGCAGCCAGGAAUCCAACUGGUGCUCUGAUAUGGGAUACUGGCAUUGUAGACAGUGGUUUUUGGGUUUUUUUUCCCCACAGCUUUAUUGAGGUAUCAUUGACAACAAUUGUUAUCUGUAGAAGCUGUACAACUACUUUUUUUGAGGACAGAGCAAAAGGCUCUGAAAGAACGUUAGGAACCAGAAGUAUUUUUGGAAUACACACUCUACCAGUGAAUAAAAGUAGUGAUUUAUGAGGAAGAACAGUAGAAAGGAUAGGCUGGGCUGAAUAGGUAUAGUAAAAAGGUUUUACAAGAACUUGAAAAUCAGACAGAAGAAUUUAGCCAUGUUUGGGUAGAAAAUUAAGCCAUUAAAAGGCUUUCUGUUUGUUUAAUUUUUUUUCCCAAUUUUUAUUAUUUUUGUGAAAGGCAGAGUAAGGGGCUGGUGUUGUGGCAUAGCAGGUAAAGCCACUGACUGCAAUGCCAGCAUUCCAUAUGGGUGUUGGUUCAGGUCCUGGCUGUUCCACUUCUGAUCCAGUUCCCUGCUAGUGGCCUGGGAAACCAGCGGAAGAUGGCCCAAGUUGUUUGGGCCCCUGCUACUGAUGUGGGACACCUAGAUGAAGCCCUUGACUUCUGGCUUUGGCCUGGCCCAGCCCUGACCACUGCGGCCAUCUGGAGAGUGAACAAGCAGAUGGAAGAUCUCCCUCCCUCUCUCUCUCUAACUCUGAAUUUCAAAUCAAUAAACAAAUUUUUAAGUAAAUUAGAUAAAAUUUUUAAAAGAGAGAUCUUUUAUCUGCUGGUUUACUCCUCAAAUACAGGCAGUGGUUUAAUCUGUACCACAACACUGCCCCGAAUCAUACACUUUAAAUGAGUGAAUUGUGUAUGAAUUAUAUCUCAAUAAAGCUGUCAUAAAAAUAGUAAGUUGAAUAUAACCCAAAUGUCCAUUAGUAGGAAAAUGAAUAAAUGAAGUCAUAUCAAUUUGGUGUAAUACUAAUACUAUGCAGCCAUUAACAUAGUGAAGUAUAUCUGUGAAUAUAUUCUGGACUGCACUCAUAUUUAAUAUCUUUCAUUAAGUCAAAGAGCCAUGUGCAUAAAUGUUUAACCUGAAUACAUUUUUAAGCAAAAACUUUCAUAUACAUGAGGUGAUCGUGUAUAUAGACAUUUCAAAGUAAAUUUAGGGAAAAACGAAGGUGUACAUAUCAAGUUGUAAACAUUUUGGAUGUGGAAUUAGACCUAAAGGGGACUUGUACUCUGUAUAACUUUAAAGUGGUAUUCUGUGGAGUAAUUUUUACUUCUUUCAAUAUAUCUGAAAUUUUAAAGAAAAAACUUAAAUACUCUUGCAAUGACUUGGCUUCCGGAAUAUUUGUCAGAUGUACUCUGGGGAUAUCAUCUGACUAUACUCAGGAAAACUCCUAUUAUUUUGACAUACUGCUCACUUAGGAUUAACUCUCUGCUGUUAAAAAUAGUUGAAAGGAAAAGAAGUGAAUCAUCUUCUUGUAACCUCUUGCACAUAUUGCCCUGGGACAUCCUUCUAAGCUGCACUUUUCAGAAGGAGCUACUUCCUGUUCGGUGGAAACUCUCACCUGUGCUCAUUACUAGGCCUACAAUCCCUAUCAAUGGAGGAAAAUUAAACUGGAGGAUAUCCUUCUACUGGUGCAUAGCUAUAGACACUGAUAAAUUCAUACAAUGAAAUCCUACUCAGCAAUAAAUACCAAUGAAAUAAACAUGCAACAACUUUGAUAAAUCUUGAAUGCAUUUUGCGAAGAAGAAGCCAGACUCAAAAGACUAUUUACUAUGUUAUUCUGUUUGUGUAAUUCUCUGGGAAGCAAAGCAAUACUAAUGGAGGGGAAAAAAAAUCAGUGGAUGUCAAAAGUUAAAGUUUUGAGUACCCUUGGCUACAAAGUGGUAGCAUAAGAGAUUUAUUUAAAUAAUGAAAAAUGGUCUUUAUCAUGAUUGUAGUUACUUGAGUAUAUGCAUUUGUCAAAAUUCAAAGAAUUGUACACCAAAAAGGAUGAAUUUUAUUGUAUGUAAAUUUUUCAAUAAAUUAUGGA